CCCGUUCCGGCGCGUCCCGGCCCGAGCAGCUAGUGUAUACUAGGUGGCGUUAGCCUGUGCGUCACUGGCCCUGUCCCUGGGACCUGGACAAAAGCCGCUAGGAGACAAGAAGCCGGAGCCUAUCCAUGUAUGGAUGGUCGGCGAAGACACAAGGCGCGAGCUGAGAACGGGAUGAUCGAAAAGGUGCAAGCCAGAGACGCUAUGACUUCUGCCAGAACUCCCGCCAAAGACUCAAUAGCGAUGUUGGCAUCGAACCAAGCCGGUAUCCGCGGCAAGCAAGAAAGUGAACCUCGAAUUCAUGACCGGCAGCCCAUCUCUAUGACCCAGCCCAAUCAAUAACCCGCGGCUUAUACCCCGCUAUUACGCAGUAGUUGUAGUUGACCCCCCCCCCCCCCCAACCCAAAUCCGAAAAUCGCA